AUGCCGCUUCGAUCUACGUUCAAUAACCCAGCAGCCAUUGUUGGUGAAAUAUUCAGGGAGGCUGGAACUGCCUUCAAUAAACUGUCAGAGAUGACAAUGUUAUUGCAUCCUAUGGGGGAUACACAACCUGGUGGCAAAUGGACUGAUGAAGAAAUUGAAAUGCUUCGAAGCUGUGUUCAUCGGUUUGCUGUUGAUUUGAAUAAGCUAAGUCAGCACAUUAAAAGUAGGACUGUUUCUCAAAUCCGCACAACACUGAAGAAAAAAGCGUUUGAAGACGCAGGUAUACCAGUGAGGCAGGUAAGCAGUACGAUCACAAGCCACCCGCAACAGGCACCACAGGUAUCCCUGAUGACCCAAUCCACGGGUUUAGGAAAAAACGCAGAGGUGACACUAAACAUGUUAAACGCGUCCGAAAACGAGGUGGACGUUGAGGGGUUGAGUGGGGACGUCAAGCUGGAGUUCGAAGGUAGCACAGACGAAGUGGCCACC